AUCAUCAAGAGGGUUAUUGACACCACCACGGAACUGAUGUUGUCAACCGGAUGAAUUGACUGAAUUGCAUGGUAGAUCGAUGUGAUGAUGCCUGAGGCCGCGAUAUUCGCACCCUUCCCAAAUGCACUCUGAAAAUUGAGCGUUCAUCGACUGUCUUCCAAAGCUAAUAAUUCCGUACCACCUAUUCCAAGAUGGCAAUCUUUACUUCCUCUACGAUCAUCCGCCUCACCUCCAUCCUGCAUCUCACAAUUGCGUACUACCUGCUUGUGUCGCCAAAGACAGUCGCUGACCAGAAUUUUGUGUACAUGUUAGGGGAAGCUAUGGGCAUCCCCCAAGUCACUGCCUUCAACAAGGCAUCCCCUGUUACAGCUCUUCUUGCCGUUCUAUUCGCGUUCCUCGGGCUCUCCGAUUUCGUAGCCGCGUCCAUCAACGAAGAAGCUUCCGUCGCAUACUGGAGCGCACAAACGCCUGUUCGACUGAUAUUCCUGUUCAUCAUCUCGGGAUACACAUAUCUGUUCAAGAGGGGUGGUAUUUUGAGUGCCAAAGGCGUCUCAUAUCGAGCAGGAGCAGGAGAUGAGCUGAAGAACAGCGUGGUGUUCGGCUGGGCUUUUGUGGAGAUCACGGCUUGGUUCUGGGUAAGAAAGACAUGACUUUGGCUCAUGAGAACUUACUGAUCUCCGCUCUAGGUCUUUGCAACUAUGAAAGAGGAACGGAGGCAGACCGCUGUGCGCGCCGAGGAAAGAAAGAAGAGGGAAGAAAAUAUGCUGUAGUGAGGCUUCCGGCUAUCUGU